AAAAUGAGCCGUAUUCAUAAAAAAGAAGCAUAUCCUCGGAAGCAUAAGGUAAAAGUAUAAGGUCUUGCUUCGGAGAAAAAGGUAGUAGUAUAAGCAUAUCCUUGUUUUCAUAUUCAUAACGAUUACCUUAUACUCGCGAGGAUAUCCUCCAAGAAGAAGUAAAAGGUUUACUGGUAUUUGUAUCUUGAGCGACAUGUCCUGACUUGUUCCAGCUUGUAGUUGAUGUGGGAACCGUUCCGUAUUCUUAUUGGAUACAGAACUAUAGAAAAUAAUGGCAACGACCUGCAGUUCAUCGCAGAUGAAAUUGCCAUUGCUCCCAUUAUUUUGCAGAAGUCACAAGUUCCAAAAAUAAAAAUGAGAAAGGACGAUGCCUUGAAGAUGUUGAAAAAAUACGAAUCAACAUUCGGUAAACCAUAAGAUACUAAAGGCUUAUUAAAAAAAAUCAACAACAUGAAAUCAAGUUUGAAGAAAAAACAGAUCUAAAAAAAACUGGUAAUAAACCAAUUAAAUUGUUAGAUUGGGAAAGAAAGUUGCUGAAAGCUAUGGAAGGUGACUGUAAUCCUACAAUUGGGAUAAUUAGAAGAGCCAUUC